AUGAAUGUAAUUCUUGCGGGACGUGUACCAACACUUUCCAAUCGACGCCAUCUUGGUCUUUUAGAAAAGAAGAAGGAUUACAAAUUACGAGCAAAAGAUUAUCACAAGAAACAAGAUGAACUGAAAAGACUUCAGCAGAAAGCUCUCAACAAAAAUCCAGAUGAAUUUUACUUUAAAAUGAUAAACUCCCGAUUGGAGGGUGGUGUACAUCACAAAUUGAAAAAGGAUAGAGUUCAAAACGAUGCCCAGGUUAGGAUGAUGAAUACACAAGAUCUACGGUAUGUCCGCUUAAAAAGAGGUGUAGAGGCAAAGAAAAUUGAGAGACUGAAAUCUUCAUUACACAUGCUGGAUGAAACGAGGCCAAAAAAUAAGCACACAUUUUUUGUUGACACCAAAGAAGAAGCAUCAAAUUUUGACCCAGCUAAACAUCUGAAUACACAUCCAGCUCUGAUAGGUAGGACUUACAAUCGGCCGAUGAUGGAGACACUUAAGAAACAAAGAAUAGGCCAUCACCACGAUGAGGAAUUUGCUCAGGAAAUUGAACUGGAAAGAAGAAAAAAAUACAAGGAAUUGUCUGCAAGGAUUGAGAGGGAAAAACAAUUGUUUAUUAUUGCUCAAAAAAUGCAAACAAAACAAGAUAUACAUGAGAAAAGAAGACGAAAAGUUAAAGUAGCAGAUGAAACAGAAGACAAACCAGCUGUCUACAAGUGGUUUCUUGAGAGAAGGAAAUGAAACCUCUUAGCAGCAUAUGCUUUGUGCCUGUGUACUGGCGUAUCUCAUGAGCAGCAUAUCAUUUUGUGUUCUAUUGUACUUGGUAUAUGUGAACCUACUCAACAGAUGAAACAGAAGACAAACCAACUGUCUACAAGUGGUUUUUAGAGAGAAAGAAAUGAAACCUCUUAGCAGCAUAUGCCUUGUGCCUUUGUUCUGGCGUAUCUCAUGAGCAACAUACUGUAUCGUUUUGUGUUCUAUUUUACUUGGUAUAUAUGAACCUACUCAACAAAUUGAUUCAUGUUGCACCUUAUGUCAGAUUGAUAAUAGUCAUCUCAACAAUUUCAGAUAAUUUGAAACUAAGUUUUUACAAAAAUGAGUUUAACCAUUAAUAUUAUAUUAAAACUUACUAAAAUACAGGUAUAUAUUUAGUAUAAUGAUUGACAUACACAGAUUGUGACAGCGCCAAGCAUCAGCGAAAUAAAACAAAAAUAGAA